GACACUCAAAGAAAGUAUUUUUUUUUAAAGGAAAAUCAAAAUAAUUACAAUAAGUAUUCUCUAUAUAUACUUUCAAAUAAUGUUCUGAUGAAGAUAGAAUCCAUUUGUGCUCAAUUUGAUAUAGAAUAGACAGGAGAAAAAAAAAUGGCCACACGCACUUCAUUUACGACUACUUGUAUAUAUAUCAUAGUUGUCCUACUUUUAAUUUAUUCUGUUCAAUGCAAAAAAAACUCUAUGAAAGGAAAGGACAGCUCAGAACCCGGUAAGAAAAGAGCCAAUACAAAGGCAGACUCCGCCAGCGGAGCAGCCACUAAAGCGGGGGCAAGUACAGGGGCUGCGACUGCGUCCGACUCUUCUUCAGAAUCACAGACAUUUACAAAUACGAAAGUCAAUACGAAAAUUUCCACCAAAUCCAACGCAAGAAGUGGCGCAAACGCUGCUGCUAAAGUCAAAACAUUUGCGCAUGCUAACACUGAAACAAAGGUUGACACUCAACAACAAAAACCUACGCCUCCUCCUGAAACUCCUGCUUUAACAACGCCCAAUGGUGACUCCAUUUUACCGCCUCCCGGUGGAAAAGACUGCAAUUGUGCCACAACACCAACGCCUGAUAUAAAACCAAACCGCAAUUCAACUAAAACGCCUAAACCGCCUAUUAUCAAUGUCUUCUGCCCCCCUUGUCCAUGCCCAUGCCCACCACCGUGCCCAUGUAUUUGUCCAUGUGCGCCCCCGCCACCUCCGCCACCCCCUCCACCGCCUUGCCCAAUUCCUUGUCCAGUUCCAUGUCCAUGUCAGCAGACACCGUGCUCAGCGCCACCAUGUCCUCAACUACCUCAAGACAUGAUAUGUCCUGUGGAUUGCACAGCACCUCCCUGUCCAUGUAUAUACAAAAGAUCUGACACAAACAUGACGAGAUCAAACAUACAUACGAGACGUGACGUCGAACAGAUAACAGAACGUACGGAAAGACAGCACAAUGGUGCAUCUAAACGAGUCCACGCAUCAGGAAAACAACCCAACUUAGCAUAUGCGAAACCUUUAGAAUUCAAUAAAGCCGCAGUGGCUGCUGACAAUGAGAAGUGUUCUCAGAUAGGCGUUGAAAUUUUAAAAAGUGGUGGCACCGCCGCCGACGCAAUUGUCUCCACGCAUUGUUGUGUCGAGGUGGUUAAUAGUCACUCAACCGGAUUAGGAGGUGGUGGAUUCAUGGUUUAUUACGAUAAAAAAUCAGGAACAUCAAAAGCGUAUGAUUUCAGAGAAACACUACCAGCGGCGUACACAGAUAGUCAAAACAAGACACAAGGUGACACAGUUUUAGUCCCUGGCGUAUUGAAAGGUCUGCAUCGCGUUUGGGAGGAUUUUGGAAAGCUAGAUUGGUCUGAACUAUGGAAACCAUGCAUUAAACUUGCCAAAGAAGGAUUUACUAUCCAUGAAGCGUUACACAACGCAAUCUCAGCCAAAGAAGAGUAUAUUAUGCAGAACGAGAAUUUAAAGGAGCUUUUUGCACCUUCUGGUACAUUGUUGAAACUUGGUGACACUUUGAAGCGACCAAAACUUGCAGCUACAAUGAAGAAAAUUAGCGAUUCCGGUGGCUCGGACGAAUUCUACAAGGGUGACAUUGCAAAACAGAUUAUUCAAGACAUCAAAGGUGCUGGAGGAUCUAUGACGUUGGAAGACUUAUCUAAAUAUGACGUCAUUGUGCGGGAUCCUCUAGAAACGAAAGUAAAAGGACUGACCAUGUUAUCCACGCCGCCACCAGGAAGCGGUGCGUUGAUAUCACUGGCGUUAAAAAUUAUGUCGCAUUUUAAUUGGAGACCAGAAGACCAAUACAAUAAGCGAGGAUUGCUAUUUCACAGAAUGGUGGAAGCUUUUAAAUUCGCAUAUGCACCAUUCACUUUUCUUGGUGAUCCGAGAAAAACAGCUAACACAUCAAGGGUUGUAACCUACAUGUUGAGUGAUGACGUAGCUGAACACAUGUUUAAACGUAUCGACAAUGUGUCGCACACUGUAGACUACUAUGAACCUUUCAGUAAGGUGAAGCAUGAAGAAAAAAGCGGGACCUCUCAUAUGUCGAUAAUUGACGAAGAUGGCAACGCCGUGGGGGCUACCACUUCUAUUAACGCCUACUUUGGUUCUAAAUUACGAUCCAGUGAACUUGGAUUUAUUUACAACAAUGAAUUGGCAGAUUUUAGCGAGUUUUGGCCGCAUGUGUACAAUUUGACAACAGAUAAAAAGAAACCUGGCAAAAGGCCAAUGUCGAAAUCUAGUCCGACUAUAUUUCUAGAUAAGAAAGAUGUAGUUGUGGGCGUAUUUGGCGCAGCAGGAGGAUUCUUUAUACCUACAUGUUUAAUUCAGAGUAUCGCUAAUUGGUUAUUUUUCCGUAACAAUAUCAAAGUAGCCAUUUCAAAGCCUCGUUUGCAUUGUCAGCUUUUCCCGCCAACAGUUGUAUACGAGCCCACGUUUCCUUCUGAAAUUAUUCCAGAGUUAGAAUCUUAUUCGCAUGCUUACGUCACCAACAGCACGUAUGAUGUUUCAGGGCAACUAAAUGCCAUUAUGGGUGUGGUCCAAGCCGUGGUCAGACUGCCGAACGGAAAACUUAACGCAGAAAGUGACUACCGAAAGGGUGGAAAACCCGCGGGAUACUAACGCAAACCCGCGAAACACCAGCACACAAAACUACGUUCAUGCACUUAGAUAACUAUAAUUCCAAACAAAACAAAGAUAAAAAAUACAAAAAUGACACAAAUUACUUUUUAACCUGUCGUUACUUCAACUCACUAUUUCUUACAAAAACAAAACGUUUUAAAUCUAUCCGUCAUGGAGUUAUUUUACCAUUCGUGAUGGAGUUUGUUCACCAGUGAUGUUUUGACGAAAAUUGCACGAGAGGUUUUAUAGAUUCAACAUUAAAAUAAUUAGGCUUUAAUUUUAAAUUAGUUGUAGUUUACUGGAGUUUAUCGAAACAAACUUAGCUGUUUAGUAGUAUAAAUUUAUUUGCUGGUUCUUCUUACAGGGGGACGAAAUGUCACGUGAGCAUGCGCAUGAAAUUUGACCAAUUUUUUUAAAAUAGUGAUAGUUAAACUGCUGAUAGUCGCCAUAUUUAUAUACUAUUUUUUCAUAAAGUAGCAGUUCUAGAUUUUAUAAAAGCAAAUGCCGCCAUGUUUGUUUUUGUUAAUUUUCUGAAUCCAUCGUAAGUCCGGUUAAACGGACAGACGGAAUUGCUAUCUUAUAAAAGAAUAUUUAUAUUUUAAAAUAAAUUUAGUAUUUUAUUAUUAUAUUGAUGGUUUUAUUUCUCUUUGAUUUUUUUUUAGUUUAUUUUACUCAUUAUUACUUGCUA